AUGCCAUCUACACAACCCACUGCAACUUCAAUAUCUGCUCCCGUUUCAAUAGACAACAAAUAUUAUACGGAUUUUAUUCCAAAGGAUUUACCAACACUAAUAAUAGAAGGGGCGCAAGCUACAAAUAGGAAUAACACAGUAGAGCAAAGCCACCACGAUGGGCAAAGAAAAUUGUUGCACAGAACUGGUGAAAGUUUUAAUACUGUUGGUAGUGGGUCGCUUUCUUCAACCGAAGAUUUCGAACAAUAUCACCCUGCUAUCGAUAUUCUUGAUAUUGAUAGUCCUUUGAUAGAAUCGGAUAUUGACGAACAACUAUUACAGAUUGAACAAUUUGGUCCCACCGUUUUAUGCGACUCGCCUGCUCCCUUAGAACUACCAGUGUAUUCACCUCCUGAUGGGGAGGUUUUGAAUGAAGCUAUAAUGGCCAUUAAAACUGAUACUCAAGAAAAUCCUCAGAUACCACCGAAGCAACUAACUUCUACGAAACAACAACUACAGAAGAAUUCAAAAAACCAACAAAAACAUCCACAAAAAACACAAUCAAAUAGUUCUCCCGCGCCAGUUAUUACAACUUCUGACCCUAAUGGUGAAGAUGUAACAAAUAGUAAUGUGGCGAGCGAGCAACACGUAAAAGUGAAACCAAAAAAAAUUCUGGGUAAUUAUAUGCUAACAAAAACUUUAGGUGCUGGUAGUAUGGGAAAGGUAAAACUCGCUACUCAUUCUUUGACCAAUGAAAAGACAAAAGAUAAAGAUCCAUCCACAAAAGAAGACAAUAAAGAGAUUCGUACUAUUCGAGAAGCAUCGAUAAUGCUUCUAUUAUAUCAUCCAUAUAUUGUAAAAUUAAAUGAAGUAAUGAAGUUAGCAGACCACUAUUAUAUGUUUUUUGAAUAUGUGAAUGGCGGUCAAAUGUUAGAUUAUAUUAUUAGUCAUGGCAAACUAAAAGAAAAACAUGCGAGGAAAUUUGCUAGACAAAUUGCAAGUGCUUUAGAUUAUUGUCAUCGAAAUUCUAUUGUGCAUCGAGAUUUAAAAAUAGAAAAUAUUCUUAUUUCUAAAAGCGGCGCGAUCAAAAUUAUUGAUUUUGGAUUAUCAAAUCUAUACUCGCCGCGAGGACAUCUCUCUACAUUUUGUGGUUCAUUGUAUUUUGCGGCGCCUGAGUUAUUAAAUGCUAAAUUAUAUACGGGUCCUGAAGUUGAUGUUUGGAGUUUUGGAAUUGUUCUUUAUGUACUUGUCUGUGGUAAAGUUCCCUUUGAUGACCAAAGUAUGCCCGCAUUACAUGCAAAGAUUAAAAGAGGAAUAGUCGAGUAUCCCAGUUGGCUAAGUAACGAUUGUAGGAAUUUACUUUCACGAAUGUUGGUAACAAACCCUGCUAAUCGUGCAUCACUUGCCGAAGUAAUGAAUCAUCCUUGGAUGAAUAAAGGCUUUGAUAAACCGCCAGAAAAUCAUUUGCCUCCACGUUCACCGCUAACUCUUCCUCUUGAUCCCGACGUAAUUCAUGGAAUGGCUGGUUUUGAGUUUGGUUCCGAUCAAGAGAUUAGAUCGAAGCUUGAAAGCAUAAUCAAAAGCGAUUCCUAUCAAAAUUCAAUAAAAGUACAUCAAGUUACUAGCAGCAAUAACAAUAAUAAUGGUCAUGACCUUAAGAAAAAAUCUAGCGGUUUUGAGUUCUAUCGCAAAAAAUUAGGAACCAGUAGUAAUACAUCUCAAGAUGAUAAGGCAAUCACAGCAGAUCCUAGUCAGGCUGUUCAUCCUUUAAUAUCAAUUUACUAUUUAGUCAAAGAAAAAAUGGAAAGAAAUCGUCUAAUUCAGCUUGGAAUCACCCCAAAAUUUGGAUCUUCAUCUUCGUCAUUUGAAAAAGGUACGAUGCAUAUACCACAUAUUCCUGUUCCUGAUCCGUCACAUUCUGGAAGUAAUGGUAAUAGUUAUGAUCCAACUAUUCGAGGAGCUAUAAUGCCUGGAAUUUCAAAUUCUAAUUCAUCUGUGGUAAGACGUGCAACUGUUCCUUCUGGAACAAGAACACGUUCAAGGACGAAUGGCGAGAAUGGAUUGACUAAUAUGGCUAGCGUUCCUCCUGCUGUUGAUGAAACAGAAAUUCCUGAAGAACGUUUGGAUGAAAAUAGUGGCGAAUUAAAUUAUGGAAGAAAAAGUAAUGAACAUUCUAAUAAUAGUGGUGGAUUAAUAAGACGUUUAAGUUUAGCUAUUGGCAAUCAAAUGCGUGAGACAUUACCAUCAUCACCAACAUCUACGAAUUCUGGUACAUUAUCUCCCAGAAGCAGUGAACAUCGACGUCAUGGCUCUUCUCCUAAUGGUCCAAAGCGAGAAGGCUCUGGUCAUUUGUCUUCACGUAUUACAAAUAUGUUAUCUAGAGCGACUUCAGUAUCUGAAGUUGAGUAUCGUCGUCAUCGAUCAAGAAGUUCUACUGGUGGGAAUCGGCUCAGCGGUACUCAAAAAAUACCUGGAUCCAAAGCACCGGUUGGAGCAUUACCACAAGUUGAUUCUCCUCCCCUUGUUACAUCAACACCAUCUACUCCUAAUCGAUCUUCUUUUCAUCAAACUGCAUCAUCAUCAACUUCAACUUCAAGUCGUGGUUACCAUCAACGCAGUACUUCCACUAGUGGUGCUUCCAUGAUAAAAUCUGUAAUAGGAAGUAACAAAGCCUCCAAAGGAUCAAAAUCAAAUGAUAAUGACUUUAAUUUUUCACCUUCUUCUUCAAUACCCGGAGGAAAAGCAGAUGCUUAUAUAAGACCAGUUUUUCUCAAAGGUCUUUUUAGUGUGGCUACAACUUCCACAAAACCACCAUCAACUAUUCGCCAAGAUCUUAUUCGGGUCUUGGAACGAAUUGGUGUGAAAUGGCGAGAAGGCCGUGGCGGAUUCGAAUGCGUACACAUUCCCAGUAUUGACCUUAAAUCAGUUGUACAUGGAAACAAUAAUAAUAUGUCUGGAAGUAAAAGUAGUAAUCAGUCUACAUCACAAGCAGUUUUAACUAAUCAUCACCACGCACAUUUUAGUCGAACUGAUCGCAGAAGCAGUGUCUCUUCUGUACAUUCUGCUGGAUCAACACCCUCAGCUUAUAAAGAUAGUUAUAUACAAGGUCAAGAUUUGGAAUUUUCACCAGACGGAGAAGUUCGGCUGUCAUUAUCUCCUAAUAAUGAAGAUCGAAGUCAAGCCAUUACCAGUAGCGGCGGCAGCACCAAUUAUAAAAACUCGAAUAAAGGACAAGGAUCAGCGAAUGUUACUGAUCUUGUAGUACGGUUUGAAAUAUUUAUAGUUAAAGUCCCAUUAUUACUUGGGGUACAUGGAUUACAAUUUCGACGAGUUGCCGGUGAUCCGUGGCAAUACAAAAAUAUGUGCUCAAAGAUUCUAGGAGAAUUGAAAUUGUAA